UCAGCAGUGGAGUACGCUAGAGCGCGUGAUCUCCGCUUUAUUUUAUUUUCUCAGCUCGCUUGUCCUCCCGUACGCGGAAGUCUGUGGACAUGACGCAUGCGAUCAGAUGGGGACCGUGAAAUAAAAACAAAAACAUCGCCUUUUACACUCGGCGAAAGACGAGGUUUGGAUUAGUGGUUCCCCCCAUCAUGCCGGAGCUGGUGGACAAGCUUCUGCUUCAGAGAGUGUGAGCUCCACUGAACUGCGGGGAUGAACAUGCCAUUGCACCAAAUCUCUGUCAUCCCUCGUGAUGUCACUUCCUCCCGUGUGUCCAACAGCGGGAAGGCAAAAGAGAAAGACAAACAGAAUGAGAAGCCGCUCGGUCAUUCUGCAAGCAGGUCCAGCAACAUUUCAAAGGCAGGCAGUCCGACAUCUGUUAAUGCUCCUUACAGUUUCCCGAGAUCUUCAGUGACGCCCUCUAACCAGGAUAUAUGCAGUUCUAAUGACCCCGUUCAGGAUUUGGGCACACAGAGGCCCUUACAGGCUACUAUAGUGAUGCUGAACUCGAAUAGUAGAAGCUCAGCAUCCCAGAGUGUCACCAUGACAACACUCUGCGCAGACUCUCCCACCAAGCCCAAAAAUAAGACCUUAUUUGGCACCGAAUGGCUCUCCCUCCUUAAACCAUCAGUCAACUUCAAACCAGAGGCUGGCAGUCUCAAAUUCUCGAAGUCUCUGAAUGACGUCGGUCAAAAGAUGGACAGUCUGUACAGCGGCCUUCAGUUUAUAGACCGCACGUGUUCAGACGGCGAGCUGGGACCAGAGAAGGAGAAGCUCAUGCACGAUGUCCACAUCAAAGCCCACUCUCCUCCAUCAUUUCCACCUCCAUCAUUCCUCAACAACUACAAACACAUCUCCAGCGCAGGGCCCGAGCACUGUCUGGUUCCCCCCGCUCCUCCCCAAUCAGAUCUUCAGAGGAGCUCCAACUUCCUGCGUUUCAUCUUACCCUUCACCCGCUCGUCCACGGCAGCAAGCCUCCAGGUGUCCGAGAUAGGUAGUUACACCUCACGUCUGCACAUCCCAAAAUCCUCCAGCGCUCUGCUGGAGGUCAGCGAGUGCGGUUGUAUUGAGGAAAUGGGAGACGAUGAGGUGUUUGAGGAGGACUCGUCCCGACGGAAGCUCAAGGUGGAGGGGUUGAGGGCUCCUUUAUGUUCCCUUGAGGAAGACAGCGACCUGGAUCAGUGCUCCUCUCCGCUGUCCGAGAAAAACGGGCCGCUCUCGCCCUACUCUCUGUCUGGGGAUUGCUGCAGGAUUUGUCACUGUGAGGGGGAUGAUGAGAGCCCGCUGAUAACACCCUGCCACUGUACUGGAAGUCUGCGGUUUGUCCAUCAGUCCUGCCUGCAGCAGUGGAUCAAGAGCUCAGACACACGCUGCUGUGAACUCUGUAAAUAUGACUUCAUUAUGGAGACCAAACUCAAGCCCCUCCGCAAGUGGGAGAAGCUUCAGAUGACAGCCAGCGAGAGGAGAAAGAUCAUGUGCUCCGUCACUUUCCACGUCAUCGCCAUCACCUGCGUGGUCUGGUCACUCUACGUCCUGAUUGAUCGCACGGCGGAGGAGAUCAAACAAGCGGGGAGAAUACCAGGAAUAUUGGAAUGGCCUUUUUGGACCAAGCUGGUGGUGGUGGCCAUCGGCUUCACCGGUGGACUAGUGUUCAUGUAUGUGCAAUGCAAGGUCUACGUUCAGUUGUGGAGGAGACUCAAGGCCUACAACAGAGUAAUAUAUGUGCAGAAUCGUCCAGAGACCUGUAAAAAGAAUGUUUUUGACAAACCCCCGCUUCUGGAGCCCAACUUGGAGAAUAAAGAGGCACUUGGACCGGCGCAGUCGGACACGAACUCUUCGCAGUACACAGAGACAGAAGACUACUGUAUGGAGAUUCUGCACGUUUGAACAUUUGGUCCACUCACUCCCUCUGCUGGAACAGCUUGUGCAGUGCACCCUCCGGAACACAAGGGGGCGCCACAGCAGUGGGCACGAGGACUGAGAUCGAACUCAUUCUGUCCUUUAGAUGUUAUUUUCUCUUUGUUUGUUUGUUUGUCCGAUCUGUUCCUGUACGUUGUUGGCUAACCAUAAUGAAUCGGUGUGCGCUAGAUCUCAGAUCAUUCCAACUACUGCCAUUUGUACCGCUGUUGUACAAGAUUUGAAAUCCACCAUUCAAGUUGUGUGUGUGUGUGGAUGUGUCUGCGCUGGUUCUAAUUAUGGAGUCCAUAACCAUGCAUAUAAGCACUUUUUAUUUCCCUGUUCUGAAGUCCCCUCUUUUAAUAUUAUGAAAGCCCUUUAUACUUGGAUAAGACAUCACAACGACUUGAAGAUUUGAGAAUAAGAUGUCACAUUUUAUAUUGUUGCAUUUGUAUCUCCCCAGACCCCGUUGGAUGGAACGUAAAAGGAAUUUGCAGGAGCGAUGAGGGAAUAUUUAUGUCUUAGGCCUAUUACGUAGUCAUUCCACUUCUGAAUUCUGAAUUUAGUUAUUGUGAAAUUGAGACGACCCAGGUUUGUUUUUAUUUCAGUUGGGUCAUUUUAAGACUUGUAAUAUUUACCAAGGGCUAGAUUGACUAAGGCUCUCGCAAAAGCGAAACUUUUCGCAUGUGCAAAAACAAUACCAUGAAACGUUAUUGGCUGUGCUGCUGAUUUUUGCAUUUGUGUAAGACUAGUAAAUCAUGCCUUUGGUGUAUGUUGAAGGCUUUGAGAAUGUAAACUAGUUUCUACGAGUCAUGUGACCUUUCUGAAGGAAGUUAACACCAGUGUAGCAUCCUGAAACCACAGCAGUGAAUCAGUGUAUUCAUCGGUUUGCCUGUAUGAUUUUUACCUAUGGGAAAUUUCUGCACACAUUUUUUUUUACUUUUCCCAUUUCGUUCUUUUAUAAACAUAUAAACAUUGACAUCUGUCACAUCUGGAUUAUCAAACAGUUCAUUUUCUGCUUUCUGCACCUUUUGGAGUUGUGUAACAUUUGAGUUGAUUUUAAACUAUAACUUGAAUAACAGAAAAGGCUGAUGUAAAUGAUGUUUUAGCAAUGAUUAAGUAUGAUGACUUGAAUGAGCUAGCUGAUCUAUUUACAUUUAUACGUGUUAUGCAAGUCGGUUUAUGUUUUCUAAAACCGACAUGGCAGAUUUCCCGUGGGUGUAAUUUCAGGUAUUUAUUCGGUUUUAUGUUUUCAGUGUUUCUAAAUGGCUUUGUAUGUUGGGAAAUAGCCAUGUUAGUUAAGGCCUUCGUUCUAACACAUCGAUUCUUUUUAAAGACUUUGACAUGCACCUUUGCUUGAUGUCCCUAGCAAUGAUAUGCUCCCUACUACACAUUAUAGGCCCAUAUUUCGUAAUCUGACUUUUUUCAAAGGUACAUGAUGCCUCUGCCAUCUAGAGCUACUGCAUAGACAAUGCACACAUUUUUAUUUUUUAUUUGCCUAGUAAAAUAUGAUCAAUGCAAAGAGAUAUUUUUUGAUCAAUAAUGAACAAUUUUGUUUUUGCUGUAGUGAUGUCUGAGUGGAACUGAGCAUAUUAUUGUCCCCAAUUUGCACUACAAAAAUGCAGCAUUAUUUGUAAAUAUGUGCAGCAUUAUCCCAGUCAGCUCUCAUAACAUGUAAAGCCAUUUUGUUGGAAAAUAUGGUAAAUAUGUACACAAAAUAAAUGUACUGUCAAUAAGGGGCUCUGUACUGGUUAUGUGGUUUGACCCAGGUUGACCCAUAACAACUCAAAUUUCCAUUUGGUGAUGUCGCCACAUUUUAUUUAGAUGUUUUGGCAGUAAAUCUAAUAUGUUAAAAACAUUCACCUUGUUUUUUUCUUUAAUAGGAUAUUUGUACAACAAUGGGAGCUGGCUCCUUUUACUAUCUCGAGAUGGAGAACACCAUUAACAGUUAAUGAUUUCCAGAAUCUUUGUAGAUGUUACUGCGCUGCAUCAUAUUUGUAUAGAUGUGUUUUAAAGUGCAGUAAUAGUAUUGUUUGUCUUUGUAGAAGGCUUUAGUAUGUACAACUGCAGUGCAUUACUACUGAAUUGGCUUGAACAAGAAUAACAUGACUGUUUCCUGCAUCCCCCUAUUCGCUUGGUGAUUUCUCUUAAAUAUUAAAUUGAUUCCUUUAAAAUGUUUUUUUUUUUCACAUUUAAGCUUAAAAACAACCAAAUAAAGUAAAUCUAGACAUUAUUUUCACCA